UAGAUAAUACAAAAGAUUGACCCAAACAAACCCAACGUGUCUCCAUCCAAAAACUGUAUCAAUUCAUCAUCGUCAUUCAUCAUGUCAGAAAAUGAAUUCAUGUCAAUUUUCUGUAUUCAAUUUCAUGAUUAUAGAUCACGAUAUUUUGCAUCACUUAAAUUUUUAACUCAUAGCAACAUAUAACAAAAGAAAAAUACAAUAUUUCUUAGUUUUCUGUAGCUUUCAUGGCAAUUGAGGGUGACUUUUGCCCGAUAAAUCAAGGUUUAUGGAAACAUAAGAGAAGUUUUGCUAGUAAAUCAAAGAAGAUAGGAUCUCUCUUUGCUUGUUCUGCUUCUGCUCAAGACUUAAGAAAUAUGGACCUUGAGAAAGAGAAAGAUGACGAGGCAUCUCCAAGAGGAGUUUUAGAGGCUUGUGUUAAAGGCUUUGAUGCUCAACAACUACCUGAGCCAGAAACCAGUUGUUCCAAUUCGAGGGCGCGAUCCCAUUGGGGAAAAUUUUUUAAAUUGUGGAAGAGAAAAUCAGUUAAACGCCUAACUUCUAUUCAUUCAAUUGGUGUGCCAAAGAUACCAAAAUGGAAAAGUAGAAGCACUAGGGAAAAUUUUGUUACGAGUAAUCUAUACAAUUUUAGAUCUUCUUUGGUGACUUUCAGCCUCUCUGACCUAAGAAAUGCAACCAACCAUUUCAGCCAUGAAAAUUUGAUUGGAAGAGGUGGUUUUUCUGAGGUUUACAAGGGUUGUCUCCAAGAUGGACAACUAAUAGCUGUAAAGAAAAUGACUACAGGGAGCACAGAUGAAAAGACAGCUGGCUUUCUAUCUGAGUUAGGAGUUAUUGCUCAUGUUGAUCAUCCUAAUACCGCAAAGCUUGUUGGAUGUUGUGUAGAGGGAGAAAUGCAUCUUGUCUUCGAAUUGUCUACACUGGGAAGUUUAGGAUACGUUCUUCAUGGUUCAGAUAAAACCAAAUUGGAUUGGAGUAAAAGGUAUAAAGUUGCUCUCGGAAUUGCUGAUGGUCUUCUCUAUUUGCAUGAGAAUUGUCAAAGGCGAAUAAUUCAUAGAGAUAUUAAGGCAGAAAAUAUACUACUCACAGAGAAUUUUGAUCCACAGAUUUGUGAUUUUGGACUUGCAAAGUGGUUACCAGAACAAUUGACUCACCAUAAUAUGUCCACAUUUGAAGGCACAUUCGGAUAUUUAUCUCCUGAAUAUUGCAUGCAUGGCAUAGUGGAUGAGAAAACUGAUGUUUACUCUUUCGGCGUUCUACUUUUGGAGAUCAUAACUGGGCGUAAGGCUUUGGAUCGUAUGCAGACAAGUGUCGUGACAUGGGCAAAACCUUUGCUUGAUGCUAAUAAUAUCAAGGACGUUGUUGAUCCUUCUCUUGGAGGUAACUAUGACCAAGGACAGAUGGGAUGUGUUAGUUUGACUGCAUCAAUAUGUGUUGAGCAGUCUCCUAUUUUACGCCCUCGCAUGAGUCAGAUAGUAACACUGCUAAGAGGGGAAAAAUCUGUCAUGUAUGCAAGAGCAUGUAGCAAAAGGAGGAAUCUCCAAAGAACAUAUUCAGAAGAGCUACUUGAUGCACAGGAAUACAACUCAACAAAAUAUCUAAGAGAUCUCAAUCGACAUAAGAAGAUUUUGGGUCUUGAGGUCUAAGGAUUCAAAGCCCAUUAUAUUUGUUUAUUGUUCUAAAACGACUGCCAUGUAAAUGAACUUUGUACACUAUUUCACUAUUGAUUGUUAUAAAAUGAAUGUAAAACAUAGACUAUAACUAAAUUUAGAUGGACCAACUAAAUUUAGACGGACCAUGCAACAUUACUUAGUUUUAUAGUUUCAUAUGUAAAACUCAUCUAACAAACUGUCAGAAUUGUGCAUACAAUUCUUAAUUUCCCAUGUAUUUGUAGAUUGUAAUGAAUUAGUACAAUUAGUGACUAAAUUUUUA